CAAGGCAACUGGCUGCUAUUUAUCGUGUAUCACUUUCGGUUCUGACUCACUGCUGGUCUGCCCCGCCCACAGCACGAGAAACGAAACUAGAGCAGCAUUUAAAGCCGCUGAAGAGAUGAAAAAGACGCAGUAUCACUGAAGACACCACACGCAGAGGUAAAUUUCACUAUAGAAUGGCAAAUCCAAGAGGAGGAGGACCACAAAGAGGAAGAGGGGGCUUCAGUGUCCCUCCAAGAAGAGAUGGUUCUGUGCCUGGCCGCAGACAAGCUAGUGUGUCUCCCAAUCGAGGGAGAGGAAAUGGCCGAGGGGAAGGAGGCGGAGGAGGUGGGGGAGGAGGAAGAGCUGGAGGAAGAGGAGGUGGGGGAAGAGGAAGUGGCCGAGGAGGAGGAGGUGGACGAGGAGGAAGAGGAGAUGGACGAGGCACAGGAGGAGGAAGAGGAAGUGGAGGGGACAGAAGGGGUCGAGGUGAUAGGAGUCACCAACACUCUGAUGGAAGUACAAACAGCCAGUGGGAAAGAUGGACAGAUGGAAUGGCUCAAGGUGCAAGAGGAGGAGAUGGAAGAGGAAGAGGACAGAGGAAAGGAGAAUACAAGCAACAUUAUCAGGGAAAUGCUGUCCAUCGUCCUAUAAUAAUGGGAGGUGCAACAAAUUUACCUUCACCUUACCAAGGGAAAUUUGGGAGAUCUCUUCCUGGGUUGAUGGAUUUAAAUAUGGCCCCUUCUUCAAUGCUACAACCCAUGAAUACAAGAAACAACAUUGAAGGCAUGAAUCUCCAAAGAACAAGUGGAAGUAUGAGUGAUUUAAGAGCCAGUCCACAAGGUGAAGCACGAACAGAAUCUCAAAGAGGUAGAGGGGGUCAUGGGAGAGGAAGAGGGAGAGAUUGCCCCCCUGAGGUACGCACACUUGGGUAUAAAACACUCGAAGGUCUGCUUGAGAAAGAAGCAUCUGAGGUGGCCAUUACUCUUUCAUCUAGCACUGGACUUAGGAAUCUGCUUGAGGAAAAGGUGAUGAGAAAUGACUUGGUGCAGCUGGUCUGUCAGGUUCUCUGCAAGGCUUUCCAGUCUCGAAUUGACCGCAAAACAGUGAUGCACUUGGCCCGCGUUGUCAAGGACUCUCAGUUUUUUCUUAGCAUUCUGCCACAUCAUGUAACUGGAAUGAUGUCCGAUUACAUGCAAGCCCGAAGGGAUCAGUAUCCCCAGCAUUUGAGCAACAUCAUCAGCCUUGUCUCUGAUGUUCUCAACAUGUUUCCACAAAGUUCUGUGCAUUCGGUCUCCAUGUUGGUGACUCUUUUAAAACCAACCAUCAACCAAUUGCGUGCCUCUGGUGUGGAUAUUCUCACCAAUACUGAUCAGGACUUGGAGAGGGUGCAGGGUUUGGUAAACCAUCUCCAAGAGAAAUCAAGGGAAGGCACUUUACGUUCAGAUAAAUACUCAUUCCUAACAGCUGACGAGGAUGCCCCACCUGGAGAGGAAGACUUCAGGAUGAUGAGCAUUUAUCCCUCCUUUGAGGAGUUCCACCUUGAUCAGAAACCUUUCCUGAGGCCCAACAUAAUCUCUCAAAGUUUCCCUAACGCUCGCAUCUAUUUAGACACACACUUUCGACUUCUGCGUGAAGAUUUUGUGAGGCCACUGCGGGAGGGUGUCAAGGAGCUUUUGAGGAUUCACCACACUGAGAAAACUAAUGGAAUACCAAUGAAAAAUAGGCAAUUUGAUGACAUCAGAGUCUACUUUGACACCCGAGUGAUUUUACCACUUUGCACAUCAAUGGGAAUUGCCUACAAAGUGAAGUUUGACACACGGCGUCUUCAGUUUGUCCGGUGGGAAAAUUCCAAACGCCUGCUUUACGGAUCCCUUGUCUGCCUCUCCAUGGACAACUUCGAAACCUUCCUGUUUGCCACUGUGACCGAUCGCGAUCCAAAGCUACUGAGACAGGGAGAGGUGAAUCUCUGUUUUUCUCCGGACAGCAGAGCCGCUCUGGCCAGGGUUCAGCCCUCAGACUCAUUCCUGAUGGUCGAGACAACAGCUUAUUUUGAGGCCUACCGAUAUGUCCUAGAGGGCCUCCAGGAGCAAGAUGAGAAUGAUGUUCCCUUUCAAAGGUACAUUGUGGAAUGCAAAACAGAUGUAGAUCCUCCAGCUUAUCUCCGGGUGGAAGGAAGAUCAUAUGAUCUGUCAUGCAUCGCAGCAGAAGGGCAGGGGAAGAUUCCACCCUUCAAUCCUUUGACCCAAAAUGCCUGGCCUGAUGAGGAAAAAAUGGGUCUCGAUGAAAGCCAACUUCAAGCACUUAAACUGGCCUUAACCAAAGAGUUGGCCAUCAUUCAAGGACCACCAGGAACAGGCAAGACGCAUGUAGGACUGAAGAUCGCUCAGGCUUUGCUAAAGAACCACCAGGCCUGGUCAAAUGGUUGCCCUAUGCUGGUGGUCUGCUAUACCAAUCAUGCUCUUGACCAGUUUCUGGAAGGUAUCCAUGGCUUCCUAAAAGACGGGAUUGUAAGAGUUGGAGGUCGAAGUAACAGUGAAUCUCUGAAGCGUUUCGGUCUAAGAGAGCUGACCAGGUUCAAAGACUUCCGCAAAAAUUUGCCGCAGCACCUGCGACGAGCUCACCAUGAAAUCAGUAAUAAUAUGCAGGAAGCAGAAACUCUUUUAAAGGCGCAGUCGGCUCAGCUCGAGUGCAGCUUGCGAGGCGUCCUCAAAGAAGACUUCUUGGAAAAGUACAUCUCUGAACAGCACUGGCACAGUCUGUGUCUACAGCCCUUGAGUGAUGGAUUUGAGACUGUAGGGAAGAAGAAGCCUUCAAUGAUGGCGGAAUGGCUCGGCAUCGGAUUCUCCAUUUUUUUUCAGGGGCCACAACUAACAGAUGGAGAAGAGGCGGCAGAUGAAGAUGGAGCUCAGCUGGAGGAAGAGGAGCUGAUCGAUAUCGAUGAAGAGGCAGAUCUGAUCCAGGCUGAGAGGAUAGUGGUGGACGCUGAACACGGAGAUAAAGACAAAUAUAAGAUGAAAGUAGAAGAGAAGAACAUUGCUGCCAUGGCGGAGCUGAUGCUGGCUUUAAACCUGAAUGAUACUGAAGCACAGCCAGGCCAGAGCCAGACACAGACUCACGCUCAGGCUGAUGAACAGGAAUGGCAGAUGCAAGGCCACCAGAAGAAAAAACUCCGGCAAAUGGCUCGAAAAGAGCUGAAGAAAACUUCAGCCAUGAGUGAGAAGGAAGAAAGGCGUAUCAGGGAUGUUUGGAGCCUGAGUCCGAAGGACAGAUGGAAACUGUAUCGGCUCUGGGUUUUGCGCUAUCGCAGUGAUCUCCGCACUAAAGCUCUUGCUUCUGAACAAGUGUAUCAAGAGGCGGCAGAGCGUCUGAACGAAAUCCGCCGUCAUGAGGACCUGUGUGUGCUGCGGCAGGCACUGGUUGUGGGAAUGACCACCACUGGUGCUGCUAAAUACAGGCAGGCUCUCCAGCAGCUGCAGCCCAGGCUGGUGAUCGUGGAGGAGGCAGCAGAAGUGCUGGAGGCGCACACCAUCACCACACUCAGCAAAGCCUGCCAGCAUCUCAUACUGAUCGGAGACCACCAGCAGCUGAGGCCUAGUGCAACAGUGUAUGAACUUGCCAAGAAUUUCAGUCUGGAAGUGUCCAUGUUUGAAAGGCUUGUCAGAGUGAACUUCCCAUUCGUGCGCCUCAACUACCAGCAUCGCAUGAGGCCAAGCAUCGCUCGCCUGUUGACUCCUCAUAUAUACUCAUCUCUGGAAAACCAUCCCUCUGUGCUGAAGUAUGACAAUGUCAAGGGGGUUCUAACAAAUCUCUUUUUUGUGGAUCACACUCAACCUGAAGAAGAGAUUAAGGAUGGACGAAGCCACCAGAACCCGCACGAAGCUCGUUUUGUGGUCGAGCUUUGUCAGUAUCUGCUGUUCCAGGACUAUAAGCCUUCCCAGAUUACCAUUCUCACCACAUACACUGGACAGCUUCACUGUCUGCGUAAGCUCAUGCCAUCUCCAAAGUUCUCCGGCGUCAAGGUCCAUGUUGUCGACAAGUAUCAAGGAGAAGAGAACGAUAUUAUUAUAUUGUCUCUAGUGCGCAGCAAUCCUCAAAGGAGGGUGGGCUUCCUGAACAUACCCAACCGUGUCUGUGUUGCGCUUUCUCGAGCUAAAAUGGGUCUGUAUUGUAUUGGAAAUAUGGACAUGCUCAGCUCGGUUACACUAUGGAGCAACAUCAUUCACACUCUGAGAGAGCAUGAACAAGUGGGACCUGCUUUAACACUGAGCUGUCAGAACCAUCCAGAUAAACAGAUCCACGCAUCCUGCGGUAAUGAUUUCAAAGGUGCCCCUGAAGGUGGUUGCGAUCAACCCUGCCAGUAUCGCCUGGACUGUGGCCAUGUGUGCACCCGUAUGUGCCACCCAUAUGAUGCCGAACACAAGGAAUACAAGUGCAUGAAGGACUGCUCAAAGGUGCUGUGCGAACUGGGCCACAAAUGCACACGCCGCUGUCACCAAGAAUGUGGCCAAUGCAUGGUACCUGUAGAUAAGAUAAUACCAUCAUGCCAGCACAAUCAGAGGGUGCCUUGCCACAAAGAUCCUGCAGAAUUUGUGUGUCAAGUACGAUGCGAAAAGACUCUUCCAUGUGGGCAUCCCUGCAAGGCGACCUGUGGAGAGUCCUGCACCAGUCAGUGCAUGGUGAGAGUUCCGAUAGAGCUGAAAUGUGGACACAUGCAAGAAGAACCAUGCUUUGUUUCUAGGGAUCACAAAAAUGAGCCAAGAUGUAACACCAAAUGUGGUACUGUCUUAAAAUGUGGCCAUUCUUGUCCAGGAACGUGCAAUGGAUGCCAUCAAGGUCGUCUGCAUAAAGCAUGCACCCACAAAUGUCAACAAAUCCUAGUGUGUUCCCAUGAGUGUCGGGAGCCUUGCGUAAGGGAUUGUCCACCGUGUUCCUCUCGCUGCCAGAACCGUUGUGUUCACAGCGAGUGCAAGAAGACUUGCGGUCAACCUUGUGCUCCUUGCAGGGAACCCUGUGCAUGGCAGUGUCCUCAUCACAGCUGCACCAAACUGUGUCAUGAACCGUGUGACCGUCCACCUUGUUCUGUUCCCUGUAACAAGACCUUGACCUGCGGACACCGCUGCAUAGGUCUGUGUGGAGAGCCUUGUCCGAAUAAGUGUAGGGUUUGCCAUAAAGACGAGGUCACGGAGAUCUUCUUCGGCAAUGAGGAUGAACCAGAUGCUUGUUUCAUUCAGCUUGAAGACUGCAAGCACUUGUUUGAGAUCACAGGAAUGGAUCAAUACAUGAAUCUUGAUAAUGAUCAAGGUGCUGAAUUGGCUCAAAGGGUGAUCCGACUUAAGGACUGUCCUAGGUGUCGCACUCCCAUCCGAAGAAACCUUCGUUAUGGCACUCACAUCAACCGCAGCCUAGCAGCCAUCGAGAUGGUCAAGGAGAAGAUUAAUGGUGUGCCAGAUACUAUCAAGCAACAGCAGGAUGUCCUUAGCUUGGUAUUGAAUGAUAAGACAAACUUGAAAAGGCAUCUUCCUGACAAGUUUGACUCACUUCAAGAGAAGCUCAACACAAAUGGCUUUUCAGUCCAACAACUCUGGCAUCUCGAGAACUUGAUGAAUUUCCUUGAAAGUAUUGGAAAACUAAAAGCAACACAGGGCAAUGAUGCGAGUAUCCUUAGGGAAAGAUUACAAAAAAAUCAACCAUUCUUUAGAAAAACUGAAGAAGUCUUGAGAUUUCUCUUAGAUCCCACUCAGAGGUUUUCAGACCAGCAGGUUGCAGAUCUUGAGCGUGAGUUGAAGAGACUGUCCUACUUGGCUGAACUCAACGAACGCUGCAGGAUGUCUCGGUCUAAAUCUCCAGAGGUUGUUCUUGGCACCGAAGUCCAACAGUUAAGAGGGAUCCUGGAGGACACUUUGCCUUUCUCUGAGGGUCUGGAGCGUACAGUCAAACAGAUGUUCACAGAGCUGGAUGUCAGACUGCCACGCAGUGGCCUGGGCAUCACUGAAGAGGAGAGGGUGAUGAUAGUACAAGCCGUCGGUUUGAAUAAAGGCCAUUGGUACAAAUGUCCCAACGGGCAUGUCUAUGCUAUCGGUGAAUGUGGGGGUGCUAUGGAAAAAUCCAAUUGUCCUGAAUGCCAUGCAGAAAUUGGAGGCUCUUGUCAUGCGCUUACUCAGGGAAAUGCUGUGGCAUCUGAAAUGGACGGCGCACAACAUCCUGCCUGGUCAGAUGCUGCCAACAUGGCAAACUUUGACCUGGAUAACUUUGAAGAUUGAAAUUAUUAGUUACUGUUGUCUUUGGUUACCAGGCUUUUAGUCUGGUU